AAUCAGUAGCUUUCGAGCAGUCUAACAGAAGUGCACGAUGAGAUUUCUGAUUGUUACCGUCGCCAUCUUCGCUUGCGCCGCAGCUGCGCCAUCUGGCGCUCUGCUGGCCACAUCUUACUCCAGUGGUAUCAUCAACCAAGGAGCACCAUGGGCCGUCGCUCGCGCUGCACCCUUGGCCAUUGCUGCAGCCCCAUUGGCGGUAGCUCACGCUGCCCCUGUAGCCGUACCUACCAUCUCCUCUGGUGAUAUUCAGGCUGCUGCAAUCGACGCUCACGUUGAAGCCGCCGACCACGCCCGCGCAGCUGUCGAUACCGUACGCCAGAUAAACGAUCAAGCCGCUGAAAUCCAAGGCAGAGCCAUCAACGCCGCUGAGGACCACGCCUGGCAAGCGGUGAACGCUGCUCAGACCGCUGCUGCUCAAAUUGACGGCGCCGCUGCGAACGCAUCUCCCACCAUCGCUCGCCAGAUCGCUGGUCCGGUGGCUCCCGUCGUAGCCGCACCUGUCGCUGCGUACGCCGCUCCCAUCUUCGCUGCACCAGCUUUCGCCGCUCGCACUAUUGCUGCCCCUCUUGUGGGAGCGCACGGUGUCGCCCCCGUCUACGCUGGCAGCCAAUCUGUAUCCACUCAGUCCCUUUCCCAGACUCAUCCAAUCCCAUUCGCCCAUGCACCUGUCGCAUACGCUGCCCACUCGUGGUAAACUGAUCGUAGCCAAAUUUUACAUUAGAUUAUAGAUUUAUGAAAAUUGUACAGACGAGACGAAGAUGAGCGAAUAAAAAUAUGAAGUUUA